GUGAACUAAUUUUAAGACUUUGAUCUAUUGGUUGAAAUGUGGAAUUUUAAUAUUAUAUGGAUGAUAUUUUAUAUUAAAAUUCUUAUCAAUGGAAAUUGGUGUUCAUUAUCAAAAGUCUCAGCAAAUUCAUUGAACUCAAAUGAUAUUUUUUGUUCUGUUUACAAUGAUGUACCGAUUCAUCAUAAAAUUAGACUUAAGCCUCAAUUAGAAGAAAAAAAAUUUUUUCUGAACGGUCAAGUAAAUAUAGAAUUGAGAAUUAAAGAAGAUUGCACUUCAAUACUUUUAAACUCUGACAAUUAUAACAAAAUUGAUAAAGUCGUCUUGAGAAAUGAAAAUAACACUUACACUUGUAAUUUAAAUAGAAUUGACCGUAAGUUGAUACUUGGAUUUUCCCAGCCUGUGAUCAAGGGAAACUAUUCUUUAUGCUUUGAAUAUCAAAAUAUAUAUAAUUAUAAUAAUUUCAAUAGCAGUUUCUAUACAGAUGUUUAUGGCCAAAAAAAACAAAUAGUAUGGACUUAUUCUUUUAGACCAGGUGUAUUUAAAAUUUCACCGUGUUAUGGUUGUUUAAGCUAUGGAUCAACUUAUUCAUUCAAUAUUUCCAUUGCGCAAACUCAAAAUUAUAUUACAUUAUUGAAUCAUGAAUUUAAAACAAUAUCUAGUGGAGAAAAUAAUUCCAGUGAAAUAAUAAUGAAUUUAAAUCCUUAUAGUAUGACCAUGGUUGCAGGAGACUUAGAAUAUUUGUCAGACGAAAAAGAUGAAAUUAUAAGAGUAUGGACUACAAAAAAUAACAAAGAUCGUGCUAAAUAUAUUGUAGAUUUCGCAGUUAGGGCAUUACGCGUUAUAGAAAACCUUACAGACAUUACAUAUGCGAGUGCUGGAUGGCAAAAGAUAAAUUUCGUUGCAGUUCCUAAUAUUUCUCAUGUCGAAUUGCGAUCCGGAGGACUUGUUAUUAUUAACCAAAAUUAUAUUUAUGCAAAUAAUAUAACCAUUGAAAAUAAAGAAAAAAUUUUCAAUUACAUAACACGGUUGUACAUUGACCAAUGGCUGAUGAAACCAAUGGAUUAUAAACAUAACAAAGAAAAUCUCUCAAAGCACGAUUUUGAGCAGUAUUUGAAAGACUUCAUAAUUGAUAAGGUUGAAAAAUCAUGGCGCAUGAUGGACAUUAUUUUCUUGAACGAGCACAGUCAUCCGUUUGAAUAUGACAAUUAUUACAAAAUCUAUGAAACAGAGACAUAUGCAGUAAGUCAUUAUAAAUAUGAAUUUUUGAUAAGGAUGAUUACAUAUAUUCUUGGAGAGAGAAAAUAUAAAAGUGCAUUACAGAGUUAUUUACAGAAUGGAUCAGAUCUUAGUGAUGAGUUGAUUAAGGCAUCCGGUGAUGAAAAUGGAAAUUUUGAGAAAGCGCUAAAAGAUUGGCUAAAUAAAACAAAUUAUCCCAUUCUUACAAUCAGUAGAAAUUAUACAACUCAACAAGCCCUUUUUACUCAGAUGACAUUCUUAAUAAAUCGAACAGAAACUUCAUCAGAUAGAUAUUGGAUUCCAAUAAAUUGUGCAACUGAAGAUAAUCCUGAUUUUCUUGAUACCAGAGUCACUCACUGGUUUGAUCCGAGUCUGGCUUCUUUAAAAAUCUUAGCACCGCAAAAUGAUAAAUGGCUUAUAUGCAAUAAACAAAGAUUUGGUAUUUAUCACGUAAACUAUGAUGAGAAAAAUUGGAAUUUAAUAAUUAAUUACUUGAAAUCUGAAGAUUAUAAUAAAAUUCAUGUGCUCAAUCGUGCUCAAUUAAUUGACGAUGCUUUUACGCUAGCAGAAUUUGGAUAUCUCAAUUACAGUAUACCACUGAAAUUAAUCGGAUACAUUAAACAAGAAACUGAUUACAUUCCUUGGAUUGCUUUUUGGAGAAAAAUUUGUCGCUUGCAUGAAUUUUCUAAUUUAAAGAAUUCUGAAUAUUAUGACAACUUUAAGAGAUAUGUUUUAAAGCAAACAGAGAAUAUAGAAAAAAGACUUAUUCCCGAUGAAACUCCGACUAAUAAUUUAUCAAAAAAACUUGCUAGAAAAUUAUUAAUAAAAUGGACAUGCAAAUUUGAUUCAAAUUUGUGUAAAAAUUAUACACUUAAUAAAUUACAAAAAUGGCUUGAAGAUUCAGAAAAAAAUCCGAUCCUUGCAGAAUUGAAGCACGAAAUUCUUUGCGGUGGAAUUCGUCAUGCAGAUCAGGAUACUUGGAAUAAAUUAUUACAAAAGUAUUUGAGUAAUGGAGAUGCUGAUAUUGUGAUAGCGCUAUCAUGUGCGUCAAAUGACGAAAUAUUAAAAAAUUUCAUCAUAUCAAAUAUCAAUGACACACGGGGACACUUAGAAAGUCCGGAGUCGAAAUUAAAAAUUAUCUCCCGGAAAAAUGGCAUAGGAAUUGAUAUUCUUUUGGACCUGAUUGACUCAAAUAAAUUAGGAAGUAAUCAUUUUAAAAACCAUCGAUAUGAUGGCAGAGAAGCUGCUAUUAGUCAAGUUGUAAGUCGUAUGAAAACAAAAUAUCAAUUCGAUAAGUUGAAAAAAAUUUUUAAAAACAGUCACAGUACUAUUGCAAGCAAAAAAGUUGUUAAGUAUUUGGCAGCUGCUCAAAAUCGGGUCAAAGAAGCCAAUGCACAGUUUCAUCUCCUUGAAGAAUUUUAAACAUCGAAUAAUUUAAACAAUACGGUAUAAAUAUUAAUUGUAAUGUGACAGGAAUUUUUUUUGUACAUUAUUCUUAAAAUGUUAAAAGUCGCUCAGAAAUUUUUAGCUUAGUUUAUCUUACAUUUAAAAAUAAAUUUUAGCAUAAGGCAUUGGUGAUUCUGAAAAAAAAAAAAAAUUGUAAAAAGGUCCUCAUUUUCUUCAUAAUCCAAUUUACAUUUAUUACUGAUUGUUUUAAAAUAUUUCAUCUAAAAAAAAAAAGGAAACAAGAAAAAAUCAAGAAAAUGGUUGACUUAGUGGACUAACCCGAAACAUACUUUCUCAAAUAAUAGUGUUUUCGGGGUCAAAUGAAGUUUUAGUUCACAAUACAUACUGUGGAUGAAUAAAAAAAAAUUAAAGCCCAUUUUAUAUAAAAAAUUUAAAAAGUAAUCGAGUAAAUAAGAUUUAUUCUGUUCGUUAAUUUUUA